AACCUAUUAGUUAUCGUCUUCCGUCUCUGAAAUUAGGGUUUUACGCCGGAAGAGGUUGAGAAGCCAUGGUUAAGUUUUUGAAGCAGAACAAGGCGGUGAUCCUCCUCCAAGGUCGUUAUGCUGGGAAGAAGGCCGUGAUCAUCCGUUCGUUCGACGACGGAAACCGCGAGCGCCCGUACGGACACUGUCUCGUCGCCGGACUCAAGAAGUAUCCGAGCAAAGUCAUCCGCAAGGACUCCGCAAAGAAGACGGCGAAGAAAUCGAGGGUCAAGUGCUUCAUCAAGCUCGUGAAUUACCAGCAUCUGAUGCCUACUCGUUACACACUCGACGUGGAUCUGAAGGAAGUUGCGACUCUCGAUGCUCUCCAGUCUAAGGACAAGAAGGUCGCUGCUCUUAAGGAGGCUAAGGCUAAGCUCGAGGAGCGUUUCAAGACCGGAAAGAACAGGUGGUUCUUCACCAAGCUCAGGUUCUGAGAACCGAGUUUCAUUUUCCGUUGGUUAAAUGUCUUCUUUUACUAUCGAAUUUAUAAUCUACUUUUUUGUAUGGUUUAAGACCUUUGGUUUGAAAAUGAUUCUGGAUUUUGCCUUAAUUUAUGUCAUCAGUGGUUUAAUAGCUGAA